AUGGAUAUCACUGAGCUGACCAUCUCGGCCUUCCACGAUGCUCUUCGCCAACAAACUACCAGCUGCGCCGCGGUAGUGCGCGCAUAUCUCGACCGCAUCGCGCAAUACGACCCGACACUCAAAACACUCAUCAGCAUCAACCCGAAUGCAUUGGCCAUAGCCACUGAAAAAGACGAAGAAACAACCCAGUUUCUUCAAAAUGGCGUUCCAUUCCCGCCCUUACACGGAGUCCCCAUAAUCCUAAAAGACAACUACACAACCCACGACCUCCCCACCAGCGCAGGGGUUGCAGCACUCCGCACCCUACACUCAACAGACAGCGCUGUCGUGCACCAACUCCGCACCGCAGGCGCAAUAGUCCUUGCGAAAGCAAAUCUCCACGAAUUCGCACUCCAUGGCACCACCACCUCAUCACUGGGCGGCCAAUCCCGUAACCCAUACGACCUGAGCCGCACGCCUGGUGGUUCUUCGGGUGGCACUGCUGCUGCACUGGCGGCCAACCUGGGAUUGGUGGGGUGCGGUACGGAUACGAUGAAUUCAUUGCGAUCGCCAGCUUCUGCGUGUGCCAUUGUGGGGUUUCGGCCUUCGAAGGGGAAUGUUUCUAAGAAGGGAAUUGUGCCUGUUUCGGAGACGCAGGAUAUGGCUGGGCCUAUGGGGAGAACUGUUGGUGAUGUUCGGACUCUUUAUGAAGCUAUGAGGCAUAUGGAUAGCGGUACAGUAUAUGAAAGGUCUACUAUGGAACGCCCUGAGCGUAUACGGGUUGGGGUCUUGGAGACAUACUUCGGUCUUGAAGAGAAGGAUCCUAAUCUUCCCAAGAAACUCGUUUCUGAGAAUGAAAUGGUCCAGAAGAUUGUUCGCAGCGCUUUGACAUCUGUUCAAGAUAUUGAUGCCAGCAUCGAACUGGUGCCUAUCAGUUCUUCCGGUGACGACUGGAGUCUUGCAACUCUACUCAGCACAGUUGAUACACAACCGUUCGAGUUCAAAGAGUGCCUGGAGCAGUUCCUCCAGUCGCCUGAGAUCUCUUCACCACAUCGAACUCUUUAUUCAAUAAUACAUAGCGGAGAAUACGACAAGAACGCCGUGACAGACGUGUUCUACGCAUCUCUGAAGGAUCCCGCGACGUACUCUCGCACCAGCGCGGAAUACAAAACUCGAUUGGCUAAGAUCGAGAAAUUGAAACAGUCCGUUCGGUCAUGCUUCGACGAGAAUACUCUUGAUGCCUUGGUAUAUCCGCAUCAGCGACAACUUGCUAUUGAAAUUGGACCAACUACCCAGCCGCGGCGAAACGGUGUGUUGGCGGCGUUGACUGGGAAUCCUGCUGUUUGUCUUCCUGGUGAGUUUUGA